AUGGUCAAGAAUAAAGGGAGUAACUCGGCCAAAGUGCCGCUUCCACUCGCCCUGGAAGCUCCCUAUGCUGCUCCUACAACCUUCAACGAUGGACUUCCUCUGCCUAAAAUAUUUGUUUUUGACUUAGAUUACACCCUGUGGCCGUUUUGGGUAGAUACCCAUGUUAGCGCUCCUAUAAAAGCCAAGGAUAACAACUCUCGCUGCGUUGACAGAUGGGGAGAAUCAUUUUCAUUUUAUCCAGCAGUUCACUCGAUUCUACAAGCAUGCCGGGCGCGGUCUAUACCUGUCAGCCUGGCAUCGCGUACAAACACGCCAGAUCUCGCACGCGAUGUUCUCAAAGCUCUACAUGUCAUUCCAUCCUUCACAGAUAAUCCUGCCGCCGAUAAUCGUUCUAUACGUGCGCUCGAUUACUUUGAACAUAUUCAGAUAUACCCGGGGACAAAAACGCAACAUUUCACUCGUAUUCAGCAGUCAAGUGGCCUGAAGUACGAGGAUAUGCUCUUUUUUGACGAUGAGCCUCGCAAUAAAAACGUCCAAGCAGAACUUGGCGUGACAUUCUGCCUUGUUAAAGACGGAAUAACUAAGGAAGAAGUAGAUAGAGGAGUCUGGGAAUGGCGGAAGCGAAUGGGUAUAAGCCAGGCUGACCGGAAGUCGGCUGAAGAGAAGAAUUAA